AUGGUUAAAUCGAGAGAUUUGUUGCCGUCCGUGGCGAUGGUGUUGGUGCAAAUUGGCUACGCAGGCAUGAACAUUACGUCGAAGAUGGCUAUGGAGGCCGGCAUGAAGCCUCUCAUCCUUGUCGCUUAUCGCCAAAUUUUUGCCUCUAUCGCCACUCUUCCGGUCGCACUUGUCCUUGAACGUGUAACUGGAAAUCAAGUGCUCUACUUCAUAGGACUUCAGAAUUCAUCUCCGACCAUUGCUUGCGCCUUAACUAAUCUCUUACCGGCCGUCACUUUCCUCCUUGCCGCCAUCUUCAGACAAGAAGCUGUAGGGAUUAGAAAGAUAUCAGGACAAGCCAAAGUGAUAGGGACAGUAGUAUGUGUGGCCGGAGCAAUGGUUCUCUCCUUCUACCAUGGUCACAUCAUUGGCAUUGGAGAGUCCAAGAUCCAUUGGACCUAUGCUCAAAACAUCACGAGCCAUGGUCCAGAUUCUAACGGUUCUAACUUCUUCUUAGGACCUUUCCUAAUCAUAGCUUCUGCCGUUUCUUGUGCCGCUUGGUUCAUUAUUCAGACGAAAAUGAGUGAAAUAUUUGCAGCACCAUACACGAGCACACUUCUAAUGUGUUUGAUGGGAAGUAUCCAGUGUGGAGUUAUUGCUUUGAUCUCCGAUCACAAACUCGCUGAUUGGUCUCUCAGCUCUCCUCUCCGCCUCAUCUCUGCCCUUUACGCCGGAGUGGUGGCGUCUGCGUUAGGGUUCUGCUUAAUGUCAUGGGCGAUAAAUAUAAAAGGUCCUCUCUACGUCUCUGUUUUCAGCCCUUUAGUGCUUGUAAUCGUCGCCGUUGUUAGCUGGACUCUUUUUGAAGAGAAACUCUACACCGGCACGUUUUUGGGAUCAGCACUUGUGGUUAUUGGGCUAUAUGGUGUUUUGUGGGGGAAAGAUAGAGAGAUGAAUGAGACGGAAGACGAAGUAGUGAAACAAAAGAAGGUAAAACAACAACCAACAGUCAAAAGAGAUAUUAAUGAAGAUAUAGAGUCGAGAUUAUCGUCUUAA